GCUUGCCCUGGCGGGCGCCGCCAUGCACACCCGGGGACUGGCCUGCUGCGUGGCGCUGUUGGUCCUGGGACUCUGCUGCGUGCACUCGCGCAAUGUGCUGCUGAUUGUUGCGGAUGACGGAGGUUUUGAAAGUGGUGCGUACAACAAUAGUGCCAUCUCCACCCCUCACCUGGAUGCCCUGGCCCGCCACAGCCUCAUCUUCCGAAAUGCCUUCACCUCUGUCAGCAGCUGCUCCCCGAGCCGUGCCAGCCUCCUCACCGGCCUGCCCCAGCACCAGAAUGGCAUGUAUGGGCUGCACCAGGAUGUACAUCACUUUAACUCCUUCGACAAGAUACAGAGCCUACCACUGCUGCUCAGCCAGGCUGGAGUGCACACAGGCAUCAUUGGGAAGAAGCAUGUGGGUCCGGAGACUGUGUACCCCUUUGACUUUGCCUUCACGGAGGAGAACAGCUCUGUGCUGCAGGUCGGGCGGAACAUCACUAGAAUUAAGCAGCUAGUCCAGAAAUUUCUGCAGACUCAGGAUGACAGGCCUUUCUUCCUCUACGUGGCUUUCCAUGACCCCCACCGCUGUGGACACUCCCAGCCCCAGUAUGGAACCUUCUGUGAGAAGUUUGGCAAUGGGGAGAGCGGCAUGGGGCGCAUUCCAGACUGGACACCCCAGACCUACGACCCUCAGGAUGUGAUGGUGCCUUACUUUGUCCCAGACACACCGGCAGCCCGAGCAGACCUAGCCGCCCAGUACACCACCAUCGGCCGGAUGGACCAAGGGGUAGGGCUGGUGCUCCAGGAGCUGAGAAGUGCGGGCGUGCUGAAUGAGACCCUCAUCAUCUUCACAUCCGACAAUGGGAUCCCCUUCCCCAGUGGCAGGACCAACCUAUACUGGCCUGGUACAGCCGAACCUUUGUUGGUGUCAUCCCCAGAGCACCCACAACGUUGGGGCCAGGUCAGCGAGGCCUAUGUGAGCCUUCUAGACCUCACCCCCACCAUCCUGGACUGGUUCAACGUUCCAUAUCCCAGCUAUGCCAUCUUUGGCUCAAAGACGAUCCAGCUCACAGGCCGAUCUCUCCUGCCAGCGCUGGAGGCAGAGCCCCUUUGGGCCACUGUCUUCAGCAGCCAGAGCCACCACGAGGUCACCAUGUCCUACCCCAUGCGCUCGGUACACCACCAGAACUUCCGCCUCAUUCACAACCUCAGCUUCAAGAUGCCAUUUCCCAUCGACCAAGAUUUCUAUGUCUCACCGACCUUCCAGGACCUCCUGAACCGAACCACAGCUGGCCAGCCCACAGGCUGGUACAAGGAUCUCCACCAUUACUACUACCGGGAACGCUGGGAACUCUACGAUGUCAGCCGGGACCCUCGAGAGACACAGAACCUGGCCACUGACCCACACUUCUCUCAAGUACUGGAGAUGCUGAAAGCCCAGCUGGCCAAAUGGCAGUGGGAGACGCAUGACCCCUGGGUGUGUGCCCCUGACGGGGUCCUGGAGGAAAAGCUCACACCGCAGUGCCGACCUCUCCACAAUGAGCUCUGACAGUCCUCGGGGCACUUGGCAGCCUGCCUGCACUCAGACACAGGGGAGGAACCAAUGGAGGCAGUGCCCACAGCCCCACCCUCUACACACCCAUCUAUAA